AUGAGAGUCAGUGUCUUGCCGUUUCUCUUUUCCGGAUUCCGGCCGGUUGGAAUUAUCCCUUAUGGACAGCUGCAGGAACUGGAGUAUUUUUUGUGGAUCUCCGUUCGCAACUAUAUUACAAUUGAUUUAGCUGAGAUUGUAUUGGGAGACCCGAAAAGGGACCGUCGUCUCAUCAGCAAAGACUGCGAUAAACGUUUGAAAAUUCUUAGCCUCAACUGA